CUCGUCUGGGCAUCACACCACCGCAUCACUCCACUCCACCUACCUGUCUCGCCCUCCUUGUUCACAUCAUCCAUCUCCCUUGGCUUUCCGUUGGACGCUUCGAGAGAGAGAAGGAGGAAGAAGAAAGAUGGCGGACGAGGGGACGGCCAACUGCAUCGACAUCAUCCUCGCCAUCAUCCUGCCGCCGCUCGGCGUCUUCUUCAAGUUCGCCUGCGGGAUCGAGUUCUGGAUCUGCUUGCUGCUCACCUUCUUCGGCUACCUCCCCGGCAUCAUCUACGCCGUCUGGGUCAUCACCAAGUAGGACUGCAGGAGGGGCUCCUCUGCCUCUGCCGCUAGGUGAUCCAUGGCGAACUUGUUCUGUGUCUGGCACAAGCCGUUUGUCUGAGAUGCGAGCUACAGUUCAUGGUGCUGCCUGCCUACAUGUGUGUGUUCAUGCUGUUGUACAUCUGUGUGUGUUGUCCGUGCUUGAUGAUUAGCCUCCUCUCCUGUCACCCUCCCCAGUGUAGUGCAUCCAUCCAUCCAGUUGUUCCUCCGCGCAUUUUCGUCGUCCAUGUACUUUGAACUUUGAUUAAUUAAUUAAUUAAUCAAUCAAUUGAUUGGUGGAGAAGUUUUCCGUU